CACGUUUCACUCCAUAAAAUUACCAGCGACCCUUCACGGCCAGCCACAGAGCGUUUCUUGACCGAUAAGAGCGGCGGUUGAAAUCUGAGACCGACGUAGAAAAACACCGUCUGAGAUAGAGAGGGGGAAGGGAAACGCAGGAGAGAAGGAUCAACCUGCUAUUGAUCUAUGCAAACAGGGAAAGCCGCAGCUAUCUUCCAAAUUAGGAGACGACCAAUCGUAGGAGGUUCACAUGAUUAUGAGCUGGUUUGAUAAGUUGCGGUGUUCUUCCAAUCUCAGCCGCGUAAUUGCCGGCAUUCUUAUAUUCAUGCUUUACCAUUCCUUUCAAUUGAUCUCCAAUUUCCUACUUCCUAUACGUCCUUAAACAAACUCCUCCACCACCAACAGCGAAACGCACAUUAGUUUUUAUUCGUACAAUUUGCACGGAUCGUAUAUAAUUCAACUAAUAAAACGCAUCAAUCUUGUUUAUUCUCUCAACGCCCGUCUGAAGAUUUCAUGGAUCUCAAAGAUGAUGAUUCCAGCUCAAAUAGAAGUAUCUUACAUGACACAUUUACUUCCCACAUUGGGAGGCAAUAUAAUUCUUCUCCGUCCGUAAUUGUGAUUGGUGGAGGUAUCUCUGGAUUAGCAGCUGCACGUACCCUCCAGAAUGCAUCUUUCGAGGUAGUGUUGUUGGAAUCAAGAGAUAGAAUUGGUGGGCGUAUUCACACUGACUACACAUUUGGUUGCCCUGUUGACAUGGGAGCAUCAUGGCUACAUGGUGUUUGUAAUGAGAAUCCUUUGGCUCCAAUGAUACGGCACUUGGGCCUCAGCUUAUAUCGUACAAGUGGUGACGACUCUGUGUUGUAUGACCACGAUCUGGAGAGUUUUAUGCUAUUCAGUAUUGAUGGUAAGCAAGUUCCACAACAGACUGUUGUUGAGGUUGGAGAUGCAUUCAAAAAUAUUCUUAAAGAGACUGAGAAAGUGAGGGAUGAACAUAGUCAAGACAUGUCAGUGCAGCAUGCAAUAUCAAUAGUACUGGACAGAUAUCCAGAACUGAGGCAAGAUGGACUUGCCCACGAAGUGCUGCAGUGGUACAUAUGCAGAAUGGAGGCAUGGUUUGCUGCAGAUGUAAAUUUGAUAUCUCUGAAGACUUGGGAUCAGGAGGAUGUGCUUUCUGGUGGUCAUGGACUAAUGGUGCAGGGUUAUUACCCUGUAAUUCAGGCUUUGGCUAAAGAUAUCGACAUACGUUUGAACCACAGGGUUUUAAGGAUUACAAAUAGGUAUAACAAGGUAAUGGUGUCAGUUGAGGGUGGGAGAAAUUUCAUAGCAGAUGCAGCUAUAAUAACUGUACCCCUCGGGGUUCUCAAAGCAGAUUUGAUCAAAUUUGAACCAAAACUGCCUGAAUGGAAGGUAUCUGCUAUACGGGAUCUUGGCAUGGGGAAUGAAGAUAAAAUCGCACUGCAGUUCGACAAUGUCUUCUGGCCAAAUGUUGAAUUCAUAGGCAUAGUUGCCCCAACUUCUUAUGCCUGUGGUUAUUUUCUCAAUCUUCACAAGGCAACUGGCCAUCCAGUCCUUGUCUAUAUGGCUGCUGGAAGCUUAGCUAAUGACCUUGAGAAGCUAUCGGAUAAGGCUGCUGCAGAUUUUGCAAUGUUGCACCUGAAGAAGAUGUUUCCCAAUGCAAGUGAACCUGUUCAGUAUCUGUUUUCACGCUGGGGAACGGACCCGGAUUCUCUUGGAAGUUACUCAUAUGAUGUGGUUGGGAAGCCAGCAGAUGUAUAUGACAGGCUUCGAGCUCCCUUGGGGAAUCUCUUCUUUGGAGGUGAAGCAGUCAGUCUUGAUCAUCAAGGAUCUGUUCACGGUGCGUAUUCAGCUGGAAUCAUGGCUGCGGAUAACUGUCGCCGACAUAUAGUCAAGAAGAGACUUGGGAGUCUUGAAAUGAUGCAACUUGUCUCCCUCAGAGAAGAUGCUCUUGAAACUGCAGUUCCCCUCCAGAUCUCUAGGAUGUAAUGUCUCUCGACUCUCUUGUGUAUAUGGGUGUGCAUGCGCGCAAGCGUAUCAUGUACUACUAUUACUAUUACUGCUUAGUCAACUAAUAAUUCUAAGAUUGUUCUGGAAUCAAUAAAAUUCCAUCUAUUUUAUUUUUGCCUCUCCGCAAAUAUACUUGCAGUUCAAAUACUGCCCCUUAUUGUUCCGUUUAUAUUUUAUGUAGCGUCAGGCAGUCACGCAUUCCAAUCGAUUUAUGUCUUAUCAAUAUAUCAGUAGUUAUUUUGCGAGUA